AGCAGCGCUGAUAGCAGGACUCUGGUCCAGUAGACAGAGAAGGGUUGUCAGACAUGCUCAAGCUGUCUGUUCAUGCUGGACCCACUCACUUAUUCUACAGUUUUUAAUCAACGUUGAGUUAUGAAAGUCUGCCUUUUCAAAUUAUAACCCGGAAGACGGAAGUUACUGGCAAACAUCAGGGAAUCCAGGGAUUGAAAGAGAAGGAUUUAGCAGAAAGCAACCCCGGUGGGUCUGGCUCUCUGUGUCAGUGCGCGUGGGAAUGGCAGCUCCCCGACCGAUUAAAGGCAUCCUGAAAAACAAAAACAGCGGCAGGAAUUUUAGAUCCCUGCCCGAGGAAGCGCCGGGGGAGAACACCGAACAUGGCCCGGGACUCUCGGAGGAUGAGCACCAGAAGAAAUCGGCCAAAUGGGAUGAGAUGAAUAUCCUGGCGACAUACCAUCCUCCGGACAAAGACUACGGCCUGAUGAAGAUUGAUGAACCCAGCACACCUUAUAACAGGAUGGUUGGUGAUGAGGAGGAUGAGGGCGCACUCAGUGACUCAGAUGGCCAUGCCGGUGGGCUCAAGCCUGAUGACCUGGCCUCAAAGCUGGAGGCGGCUGAGGGGGCGGAGCCUCGCUUCAUGCAGGAAGAGGAAGAAAGCAGCGAGGAGGAGGAAGAGGAGCUGACUCCAGAAGAGCAAGCCAAAAAGAAGCAAUUUCAGAUGAUGAGGAAGAUGCAUUAUAACGAGGGUAUGAACAUAAAACUGGCUCGCCAGCUCAUUGCCAAUGAGUUAGAAGAAGAGGAAGAGGAGGAUGAGGAUGAAGAGAUGAGGGAUGACACAGAGGACCUAAGGGAGGAGACGGAGGAGAUCAGCGUAGACCCGCCACAGAAAGCUGAUUCCCUGGAGUCAUAGAGGACGCCUCCUACCUUCAGAUCAAGAUGCAGUGAGACGUAUUCGAUCGCAUCUGGGACUGAAAGUCGUGACAUGCAGCAAACACCGCUUCACCGCCUGUGUAACAUCUCCCAACAGCCAAUAAAAUUACUGGUCUCUUCUUCGUCUCCACCAUUCCAAAAAAACUGUGCAAUAGUUCUUUUUUUUUAAAUAAGAAAAAUGGUUCAGCUGCAGGAAUAAUUUCAACAUGUGAAGACUGUUGCUUGUCUCCCCUCCAUCUCCUGUUGCCAAGAAUGCUCUCCUCACACCUCUGCUGGACUGAAGUAAUCAGACCCUAAAAGGAGGAUCAAGGCCUUUUAAAAACUAAGAAUGAACUUUAUAUAAGCUGGAGCUUAUUCUGGCUGAAACAUCAUGUUAGUUGUGGAGGAAGCCUGGGGAAAGGCAGCUGCUGUUUCAUCCGCUCUGAUACCUUUCCCUGUUUUCCUUUGUGACCGAUCACACUGCUGCACCGUCAGUUUAUGUCUCGAAGAAUAGCUGAAACUGCUUCCGUAACAAAAUAUCGGCAUGUUAUGAUUAAUAGUUUGGGCAACAUAUUACUCUAAAUUGUAUUAUCCAAGUAUUAGGCAUCUAACAAACAAGAUUUGACUCACUAAGUUUCUUGAUCCUUUCAUUUUCAAACUCAUCUUUAAAAACAAUGUUUUUGUUGUAAGGAAGUAUCGUGCACAGCCUCAGUUCAGGUUUACAUGCGUUUGUCACAGAUCUGAAUAUCUUUAGGUACAUUGUUUGUUCACUGGAAUUAUUUUUCAUCCUUUCAAGAUAAAUUUUUUAAAGACUAAGACCGGACGAGCUGGUCAGUUUAACGUGUUUCUUCAGUAUUUUUAUUUUAAUUUAAAGAUCACAAGGAGGACCGUAGAGGAGAGCUGCUGAUCGAUCUCAUAUGAGGGCUGCAUUUGAAGGAAAGUCAGAAUAAUGUGACAUUUUUUUCUUUUAUUUCUGAUGUUUGCAUGACUCUGCUUAGGAUCGUCACGUUUGUAAUGCUACCGACUCCCGUCGGAGGCGGAGUUAAACCACAACAGCUUAUUGGAGGUGCUUUAAGGACGUUUGCUUUUGAGGGACAGCCACUCGUCGGGCUUGUUCCUGCUUUAG